ACCAUCAACUUCACCGUCGCCUAUACCAUCAUCAAAUGGGAGGAGCGCGCACUCCCCCGGCGUAGAGGUACGGAGCGCGCUGCAGAUGAAACAUGGCAGGAGACAGCGAGACAAAGCCAGGUGACCAAGCCGAAAAUGACUCAAAUAUUCGGCAGCCAUUCCUCAUCGGUGUGGCCGGAGGAACAGCCAGCGGGAAGUCGUCGGUGUGCAGUAAGAUCAUGGAGCUGCUGGGCCAGAACGAGAUCGACCACCACCAGCGGCAAGUGGCCAUCCUCAGCCAGGACUGCUUCUACAGGGCCCUGACCCCGGAACAGAAGGCUAAGGCGCUCAAGGGCCAGUUCAACUUUGACCACCCAGAUGCAUUUGACAAUGACCUCAUAAUCGCGACCCUGUGGGACAUCAAGGAGGGAAAAACAGUCCACAUUCCUGUUUAUGACUUUGUUUCCCAUUCCAGGAAAGAAGAGACCGUGACAUUGUACCCUGCUGAUGUGGUGCUGUUUGAGGGCAUCUUGAUGUUCUACUCUCAGGAGAUUCGAGACUUUUUCCACAUGAAGCUGUUCGUGGAUACGGAUGCAGACACUCGUCUGUCACGGAGAGUGCUCCGUGACAUCAGUGAACGUGGUCGGGAUUUGGAAAGCGUUCUAGCCCAGUACAUCACCUUUGUCAAGCCUGCUUUUGAAGAGUUUUGUCUGCCGACAAAGAAAUAUGCUGAUGUGAUAAUACCAAGAGGAGUUGACAACAUUGUUGCAAUAAAUCUCAUCGUUCAGCACAUCCAGGACAUUCUGAACGGCGGUUUGACCAAACGGCUGAACGGGUGGUUCAGCGGUUAUGGGACGGAGAAGAAGCAGCCGAACAUGGAGUCGAGCAGUCGGCCCCACUGAAGCUCAUCACUCCUUCAGGGAAGAGGAGAAUGGUUUGCCUGAGCGUGCUGCUCUUCGUCAUGGCUACUGCAACAAGGCAGCAUAACUUCCAGGAAUUCAAAAAGCCUCCUUUUGGUGCGAUUCUGCUUAGACUUAUUAAAAUGAAAGGAGGCUUUGUGGAGCUGGUUCGCAGCAGAGGUAUUCAGUUAAAAUUUUCUCUUUAACUUGUGUACUGGAUGACACUGAAUGAGGGAGGAGUGAAAAAGGCACUCACUUUUAAUUUCAUUUCAAACUGCUGCUUGCCUUUAAUCCAGCACUGAUCUGGAAAAACUGUCUGCAAAAAGAUUCACACACUCGACAGCCUUUAACAAUCCAAUAAAUGAAGUGAAGUGA